GCAGGAUAAUCGUCCUUUAUCAAUUGAAGAAAUUAUCAUGCCAUAAGUAUAAGUAGUUCAUUCAAGUCAGCAUCAGUAUCUAUCCUACUUCUCAUCUUACAUUCUUCCUUACUCCUGAGUCUUCUACACCACUUCGCAACACUUAUAUAGCAUCUCCCCCAUCAAAAUGGCAGACAGUGUUGAGAAUAAACGCAAUCGCCCUCGCGAAACCGUCAAGAUUCUCUACGACUACGAGCUCACCAACGCACCCGGAAAAUCCAUCGUUGGUCUCGAAGUCCACUACGGCCCCAACGGCUGGACACCUCCGCAUACUCAUUCCGGUGCAACUGUCGCCGCCACUGUAAUUAAGGGUCAACUGCUUAGCGGGAUGAACGGUAACCCGCCGAAGGUGUAUCACGCGGGGGAGAGCUUCCGUGAGUUUCCUGGAUGUCAUCACACUGUUAGUGAUAAUCCCAGUGAGACUGAGGACACUACUUUCAUUGCGGUUAUGGUGAUUGACACUGAGGUUGUCAAGAAGGGGUAUCAGUUUCUCGUUGUUCUGGAUAAGGAAUGGGAAUAAAUUUGAG